CAUUCAUAGUGUACACCAAAAAACUUUCAAAUAUACUUGAGAGCAAUAAUUCUUGAGAUUUUUUUGGGCAUUUGUUAGUUGAAUUGAAGUUGCUAACUUUGUCCAUAAAGUACAAUCCAUGAACAUGUUUCUCAGGGUGUUCAAAUACCGAACUCAGAACAAUACCAACAAGAAGAAGCAAGAAUCAGAAAAAAUGACAAACCAAAAUGUGGUAGUUUCCGAUGCGAAAUCCACCAUGAAAGUGGCGGCGGUUGCCAUGGCAGCCAUGUCAAACACUUCAAUCUUCUCCCCGGCGGUACCUAAACCACCGUCUUCUUCCGCCGGAAGAUUUGUCCGGCGAAAAGCUCUAAAAAAGCUUGAAACUCAAGGUGGCCCACCAAAGAUCAGUGCUUGGGUUGAUUCCAUGAGAGCUUCUUCUCCUGCUAAAUCACCACCUUCUUCCCCUGAUCACGACUCUUGGAUGGUGACACACCCUUCUGCAUUGGAAAUGUUUGAAGAGAUUGCCAAAUCAUCAAAAGGAAAGAAAAUCGUUAUGUUUCUUGAUUACGAUGGUACUCUUUCACCCAUUGUUCAAGACCCUGAUCGUGCUUUCAUGUCCGAUGAGAUGAGAGCUGCUGUGAAGUCGGUGGCAAGAUACUUCCCUACUGCAAUCGUUAGCGGGAGAGGCAAAGACAAGGUUCAUGAUUUUGUAAAAUUGAACGAGUUGUAUUACGCUGGAAGCCAUGGAAUGGACAUUGAAGGACCUUCAAAUGGAAGUGACGAUAAAUCAAUAGUUUGUCAACCUGCAAGUGAGUUUCUUCCAAUCAUCAAUGAAGUUUACAAAAAAUUGGUGUCGAAAACUCAGUUCAUUGAAGGUGCUUAUGUUGAGAGCAACAAAUUCUGUUUAUCUGUACAUUUCCGCAACGUUGAUGAAAAGAAAUGGCCUGAGUUAGCUGAACAAGUGAAAGAGGUGCUUAGUGACUACCCUAAACUAAAAAUGACUUAUGGUAGAAAAGUAUUAGAAAUCAAGCCAACAAUUAAAUGGAACAAAGGCAAAGCACUUGAGUUUUUAUUGGAGGCACUUGGUUUUUCGAACUCGAAAGAUGUCUUACCAAUUUACAUUGGAGAUGAUAGAACAGAUGAAGAUGCAUUUAAGGUAUUAAGGAAGAAAAAACAGGGAUUUGGCAUCCUUGUUUCCAAGUUUCCUAAGGAAACUUCUGCUGCUUAUACCCUACAAGACCCCUCUGAGGUAAUGUGCUUUCUACAACGGAUGGUGGAAUGGAAGCAAGCAUCUCAACGGGGCUACUAUAGGUCUUAAUAGAACAAAGUACAAUCAACUUCACACCCCGUAAUAUUUUUGUUAAUGGGGUUGAUUGUGUAAUUAGUUUAAAUUUUGUUCAUGGAUAACGGAAUGGGAAAAAAAUGGUAGGGUUAUGUAAUAUUAGUACAUAGGGGCAAAAAAAAGGGGUUUUUGAAAAUCAAAUUCUCCCCUCGGAUUUUAUGGUGCAGUAGCUUAAUUAAUAUUAGAUGGGUGUAUCAAUCGUGCUACCCAAUGUAAUUAUUAAUUUUCCAUGGUGAAAAUAUUAGUGGAAAAUGUAAUUUUCGAAUUUGGAAUCUAAAUCUACUUUUGUUUUUU